AAGCACAGAACUGUUUAUGUUACAUUAGUAGUUCAUUUGUCAAAGUGCCGAUAAACAUAUAUAUGCAAGUAUUACAAUAAAUAUUGUUAUAAUUAUAAUUAAUUUGUAAAAAUGGUGGUAAGACAAUACCAACAAGAACUUGAAUAUAUUGAAAGACUAACUCCAUAUUCAUGGAGAAUAAAAAAAGGAUUUCAACCUAACAUGAGAGUUGAAGGUAUCUUUUACGUAAAUCAAACUUUAGAAAAACUAAUGUUUGAUGAAUUAAGAAACGCUUGUAGACCUGGAAUGGUAGGAGGCUUUUUACCAGGAGUGAAACAAAUUGCAAAUGUAGCGGCUUUACCGGGAAUAGUCGGCAGAUCAGUAGGUUUACCGGACGUACAUUCUGGGUACGGUUUUGCCAUUGGAAAUAUGGCUGCUUUCGAUAUGAACGACCCAGAAUCUAUCGUUUCUCCGGGAGGUGUAGGUUUCGAUAUCAAUUGCGGUGUAAGAUUAUUAAGAACAAACUUAUUCGAAGAAGACGUAUACCCGAUUAAAGAACAAUUAGCCCAAAGUUUAUUCGACCAUAUACCUGUUGGCGUCGGUUCUAAAGGAAUAAUUCCCAUGAAUAGCAAAGAUCUUGAAGAAGCGUUGGAAAUGGGAAUGGACUGGUCGCUUCGAGAAGGUUACAUAUGGGCGGAAGAUAAAGAACAUUGCGAGGAAUACGGUAGAAUGUUGAACGCGGAUCCUUCGAAAGUGAGCUUAAGAGCGAAAAAAAGGGGUUUGCCACAGUUGGGUACUUUGGGUGCCGGUAAUCACUAUGCGGAAAUUCAAGUUGUGGAUGAAAUUUAUGAUAAAUGGGCUGCUAGUAAGAUGGGAAUCGAGGAUAAAGGUCAAAUUUGUGUUAUGAUUCAUUCGGGAAGUCGUGGUUUCGGGCAUCAAGUCGCCACCGAUGCUCUUGUUCAAAUGGAAAAAGCCAUGAAAAGGGAUAAUAUCGAAACGAAUGAUCGGCAAUUGGCUUGUGCCAGAAUCAACAGUACGGAGGGUCAGGAUUAUUUGAAAAGUAUGGCUGCCGCAGCUAAUUUCGCUUGGGUUAAUAGGAGUUCCAUGACUUUCUUAAGUAGACAGGCGUUCGCCAAAAAAUUCGGAAUGGCCCCAGACGAUUUAGACAUGCACGUAAUAUACGACGUAUCUCACAACGUCGCCAAAGUUGAAGAACAUAUAGUAGACGGUAGACCCAAAACUCUUUUAGUACACCGGAAGGGCUCCACGAGGGCUUUCCCGCCCCAUCACCCUCUUAUACCAGUCGAUUAUCAAUUAACGGGACAACCCGUAUUAAUAGGAGGUACUAUGGGUACUUGUAGUUACGUUCUAACAGGUACCGAACAAGGAAUGUUGGAAACAUUCGGUUCUACAUGUCACGGAGCUGGGAGGGCUUUAUCCAGGGCGAAAUCUAGAAGGAACUUGGGUUAUACUGACGUUUUACGUAAAUUGGAACAAAUGGGAAUAUCGAUUCGUGUAGCGUCGCCCAAAUUAGUUAUGGAAGAAGCUCCGGAAUCAUAUAAAAACGUCACCGACGUGGUGGAUACUUGCCACGCCGCCGGUAUUUCCAAAAAAGCCAUCAAAUUGAGACCGAUUGCUGUGAUCAAAGGUUAAAAAUAAUUAUAAAUUGAGAACUGAUUUUUUGUGACACUAUGUAUUUUUUUUUUUCAUUUCGAUCUGUAAAUUCUCAAUAAAUUAUUUAAAUUA